AGGAAGGAGCACCUGGCCGAGUGUUGCUGGGUGUCUGGCGGCGCGCACCAAGGAGGACCUGACGUGUUCCUCCUGCUCUUUGGUACUCGCCGCCUUGUAAUGAGUGUGGUUGUAAGUGACUGUUUGCAUGUAAUUGAUAUGUUCCUGAGUUAGGCUGAUGGUUCGGUACAUCAUCACGAUAAGCAACUAGUCACUUUGCGCUAUUGCAGUAAAAGCUUGCUGGAGCGAUGUCCUGGCUUGCAGCACGGCACUCCUGCACAUGAUAUAAUUCAUUUAAAGAAAAGUGCACAUAGAAGUUUUUAGAAAGCAGAAACUCACCCGAGAUUUCGCAAGAUAAGGCUCAGAUUAUUUCAACAGAGGACACACUUUCAACAAAUGCAUUUAAUCAGUGUCACCAUGCGAUGUUAUCUGAAGGUGCGAUGAUCUUCCUCCGUGCUGUCACCUCCCAGCGCUCCCCGAUGUCUGCACUCACUCCUCGUCUUCUGCCUUGCGAGUGAAUCAAAAGUUGCGUUCCGUUUCAGAGAGAGAUUACGAGGUAGCUGCUAGCAGGCAGCCGCGGCCAGGCGGCGUGUGCUGGUGACGGGCCUAGUGCUGGCCUCCGCCGCUAGAGCCCGCCACCGCCCGAGUCGCGCUGUUUCCCCUCCGUCGCUCUGACCCCGAGCCAGCCAGCCAGCGACCCACCUGCCCGCUCUCCCUCACGCUGAGUAAAACAGCUAUAUGAUAGUCAACCACUACUAUCCCCUGCCCACGGAGAAUAAGACCCAAGGACUAUAGCGUAUGGUGGAGGGAAGCAGGCGGCUCUGACGGAAGCAAAUGACACCAAAGUUACUUCACGCACCACCAGAAUUAUAUAAUGGUUUGGUGGUGCACUAGUCGGCACCUCAAACUCUGCAUUAAUACUUGAUUGUCUUACGAUACCGAUAAUAAAUAAAAAGUCCUGUCGUCUCUGCGUAUGUACCGCGGGAGUGUGAACGUGUCCCUGUACGCGUGAGUGUGUGCAUAAGUGCGUGUGUGAGUGUGGGUGCCUGUGUGUGUGUGGCGGGGGUCGCGACGGGUCCGCUGAGGCAGGGCGGGAGGGUGGACGGAGGGCCCGCCGGCCACCACUGCUCAGUCACCCAGCGGACAUAGCGGCGCACGGUCUUGCCGCACCGCCCAGUUGCCGCUCAGUCCACCACUGGCACCCGACCCAGGCGGCGGCACAUAGCGGCGGCUCCAUCCCUGCCACCGCUCCUGUGGCAUCCCUACCUGAGCCGCCCCCAUGGACCUAUCACUGGAUACUUUGAAUCUGUUGUGGUGAAAUUAAUAAUGUAGAGAAUCAGCCGUUGAAGAUUAUGAAUUUCCGAAACCUUUCCUCGACUUUAAUUUUUGAAGUGUCAAGUGAAGCAAGGAAAUAGAAAAUAGCCGCCAGGAGAGGAAGUCAAGGCGGCGAAGACCCUGUGUGGUGGUGACGCGGGAGGCUGUGAGGACAUGAUACUGAGGUAGGCGAGGACACAGCAGCCACCUCCUGUAUGAAACUCCGCAGUCCUGACUCGGAUAAGAUGGAAGUGUUGUAUCCGGGCAACUUGGCUCUGCUGAGCAUGUUCCUUAAAAACCCAGAGACGGACAAAGGCGAAAUCAAGACGGACGAGGGAAAGCGAGGUGACGGCGCGGGCGAGUGUGCCGAUGUGCUGACGUGUGGAGUGUGUCAGAAGGACUUCCUUUUGGCCGACAUCCUCCGUUUUAUCCAGCACAAGGUCCACAACUGCCAAGCUCCCAGCGCGCCCUGCGGCCAGGACGCGGCCUCCGGGGAGCAGGACGCCCCGGCCAGUGCUCCGCCCUCAGCCACUAGAGACCACAAUGGCGACGUGGGUUCUGAGGGGCCCUCCAACCCGGCCAGUCCCGCCACCGUCACGGGGGACGGUGAUGAUAGUAAGGCCGAUGAGAAACGCAAGAGGGACGACGAAGACGACGCCCCAGCGCGGAAGAAGCCUCGAAGCACUCAGGACGCGGAGGCCAACACCACUGACACCGAGCCUGCUCGGUACGUGUGUGGAACCUGCGGCGCCGUGCUGGGCUCCGCUUGGUCACUGGUGCAGCAUGUCCAGUCUUCGCAUGGCAUCAUCAUCUACCAAGAGGCCCCAGGAGGCAUACCCCUCUCCGCCCCCUCCACGCCGCCCGGCCUGCCGCGGCCCUCUCACUCCUCCCCGCUGGCCUCCGUGUCUUCCACAGCCACCACGGCCUCGGGACCUCAUCCACCCCCACUUCAAUUGCUAGAUCCAUCCAAGGUGGACUUAACCAAGGUAGACAUUACCAAGGUGGAUCUCUCCAAGGUAGAUUUGAGCAAGAUCGCAGCACCGGUGACAUCGGGCGCCACCCCCCUGCCUCCCCACCCCCCAGUGACGGCCCCUCUCCUAGACCCCAGCCACCCAUUCAACCUCUUACGAAUGCCCAUUGGGGACACCCGCGCCCCCUUUCCACCGGGCCUCACCCCACCCUUUGUGCGGCCGGGCCAUGACUUUCGGAUGGACCAGCUGCUUCAGGAGGGAUUGCGCCUCAAUCCCGGCCUGCUUCCUCCGCACUUUGAACGGCCGCCCUUUCUUGACCCCGGGCUGGGCGCACCCCGCCAUGCGGCGCCCACGCCCCUAAAUACAGGCGGUGACCCAAACCUUGACUUCUAUUCCCAGAGGCUGCGGCAAUUGGCCGGCACAACCAGCCCCACCAGCUCCACUUCGCCCCGCAAACCUCUUCCAACUCCUCCCUUCACCUCGCCCAACGGCCCCACUCCUUCCAGCCAGGCACCCUCCCAGACGCCCACUUCUACUCGAACUGAUUCGACAUCGACGGCGUCCAAGCUCCGACGAUUCAAAUGCAUGACUUGCUACAAAAGUUUCCGGUGGGAGAGCAAUUUAGCCAUCCACCAGAGGAUUCACACGGGCGAGAAGGAUUAUCGCUGCCCAAAGUGUCAGGAGACUUUAUCCAACCCCCAGACACUGCGCAUCCAUAUGAAAUCACACAAGAAGAGUUCCUCUACAGAAAGCAACUCUCCGGACUCCUCGCGUCCUCAGACAGAGGACGAUAAUGACGAGGAAGAGGAAGAAGAAGAAGAGGAAGAGGAGGAAGAAGAAGAACCUGAUGAUGACGAGGAAAAUCCUUCUAUUUGUGAUAGUGGAGACGAGGAUGAGGAUAUUGUGGAGGAGGAGAUUGAAGACGAUGAGCCUGAAGACCUCUCUACGACAUCCAAGUCCACUCCGGCGCCUCCCACCCAGAGCGUCUCCUCCAGCACAGCGGAGAACCACAAGAUGCAGCUCGGGGACCAGCAGAGGACUGUCGUGGGAGAGCUUAUUGAUAAGUUUGGUCUUGGUAACAUCUCCGCUUACAGUGAAGCCUAUCAGCAGGCAUUAAAAGAGUCAGGACGUCUGUCUCACCACUAUAUUGGAAAAGACGGUGAAAAAAACCACACUAACGGAAUAGAGAAGUUGAAGUUACGAGAUGAUCUGACGAAGGGCAUGAUGGGCUCCCAGCCAACCCUCGACCUGGCACACCAGACACUUCUGGGGGCGUUUGAUAAUCCUUAUGACGCACAAAAAAGGAUUGCAGCAGCCCAGAGGGACGGAGGCCUCUACGCCGGGCUAUGGUUCCCCAAUCUUGCAGGAACCGGAGCCCCACCAAAAGAUAUAUUUUCUGGCAUGCAAACGUCGGAGGCUAAUUUUUUACACCGAAAACUCAUGCCGGAGGGACCCAUGAAGCCCGGAGACGUGCCGGUGGCCCUCCCGAAGCCGGGCACCAGUUCGGCUCCCGGCACCCCGAUCUCUCUGGUUCCACCGACAAAAAAGGAAAAUCGCAGAAACGAUACUUGUGAGUUUUGUGGCAAAGUGUUCAAGAAUUGCUCGAACCUCACAGUGCACCGCCGAUCACACACAGGAGAAAAACCUUACAAGUGUGACCUGUGUAGCUACGCGUGUGCCCAGAGUUCAAAGUUAACGCGGCACAUGAAGACACACGGCCGCAUGGGCAAGGACGUGUACCGCUGUCGUUUCUGUGACAUGCCUUUCAGUGUGGCAUCAACUCUAGAAAAACAUAUGAGGAAAUGUGUCGUAAAUCAAAACAAGAAAGGUUUAUUCCCACCACUGUCAGCCGGUGGCCACGAAGGACUGGACUCCUACAAGGGACUCCACUUCACGCCCGUCAUUAGCGAUGACUCCUCCAAGUCGAGCAGUCUGUUUUCACCGCACUUCAACACCACGCCCACCGCCGCCACCACGCCUAAUGACGAUACAGGAGAUUCAUCAAACCUGUCGGGCCCCGGAUCUUGAGAAUGGGCCCCCUUGGCAGCCCCCCAUCUGCCGCCGCCAGGAAGCCAGGGUCUCGCUCCCCCAACCAUGCGAUUCCCAAGGGCACCCACUCACCCCUGGGUUCAGUCUGGUCGCCCACCACCACCACUCCUGCUGCGAGGAGUGUCUGGGCCCAUGGCUCCCUCUGCACCCCCCUGGACUCCACCUGUGACGCCGCGCCCACCAGGGACGCCACCCAGCACCUCGGCGUCGCCCACCUGACCGGCGGCGGCGGCAGCAGCGGCAGGGCGGGCGGCAUAGCCCGCACAUUCCCACACCUCGCGUUACGUGACUUCCCAAUGAGCGGUGCCCUUCCUGCCUUCGCGUGGUGUAGGGCGCCUCAACAAGCUAGUCCUGUGUGUUGUGCGACGGUGGCGGCAGCAGCAGUAGCAGCACGCCCACACUUGGCCCAUUGUUCCUAUUGAUGUUAUAUGUUGUGUAGUGUGUGUUGUCUUACCAUGACUGGUCACAACAGUGACAGAAGGUGCGCUUAUCCUAGAGUGUGUCUGCCACCGACAGCUGAACCAAACUGGUACAAACACCAGAUACCCCGUCACAGCUGCUGUGCACCGGUGUCACCAUCAGCUGACCCUUACCGGUGCUACGAACGUUCCCCAGCCAGUCAGCCACGAGGAGCCUGCAUCACUCGUGCACUUCACUGACGGAAGAUCAAUCACAGACUACCAAACAAUUACCAUGUCUAAAGCUACGUGAGGCUUCUAGGUUAUCUAUACGCAGUUUCUUGCUCAAUACUGUGAAGCGACAGACAAGGAACCUUCAGCACCUGUGAGGCAAAACAAAAGGAGGCCCAGAUGAUCUCUUCAACUGUGUUAAUCCACCAGAUAUUUUGAGUUGUGUAUUCGACUGAGAUAGGAAGUUUGUUAUUGUGUUAUUGAUAUUUUUAGAGAGAGGAAAGAAUAGCGUAGCUAUUUGGUGCAAAGAUGGCGCCCCUUCACCUCAGGGAUGCCAACACUGUCUGCGUGGGUGGUUGCCGGUACUGUAACAACUAUAAUGUGAAGCUUAAUCAGUUUCAUGGUUUCAUCCUGAACACUUCUCUAGGUAACGUAACUAGCAGUGGUCAUGAUCCUCGAGACUAACAUAACAUAGCACCUUGGUUGUCAAACAUUUCAAGACUUUUGUUUCACUAAGUUCAUUCAACCUAUUAAAAUCUAAUUAAUGCUGCCGAGCGUGCUCUGAGGGAAGAGGUUAGCGCCACAGUAACUCUGCGCCUCCCCUGAUGCGCCGCGAUGGAGCACUGCGCCGGCACCAUCCAGAUGCAGGUUCGCACUGGGAAUCAGAUCUUCGAUUUUCCUGCAAAAGAUCGACUGAUCAAUAGACUUGUUGCUGUCUGCCAUCCAGAUUUUGUUUGGUGUGAUCCAACCAAAGCAAUUAAUGUACUGUUAUAAUAGCAAUCUGACUCCUAACCACACUCCUCCCAGUGAGCGAGUACAGGCGUGGCUCAGUGAUCCGCGAAUGUAGAAAAUCAAUACUGUUAUAAAAUGUCACGUUCCAGAGAAAAUGUAAUAUAUGCACACACUUCACCACCCCGGGGCACGAGUGGCGGCCGCGGGGUGGGGGGAGGGACCGCGGAUGGUCAGCUGCUCACUGUGGGGGUCACCGAGGUGCCCAGGUGACGGGGUGAGGGCAGGUGAGAUGACCGUAGUAAUGGUGGUCACAUCUUGACAAAUUAUGUUACUCUUGUCAACACUUAUAUUUUUUUGGUAAUUUAAACUAAUAUUUUGAUUUAGUUCAUGUCAGAAAGUGCUAGUGCCAUCUCGGGUCAUCUUAGGUCACCUCAGUCUUGCCCUUCACUCUCAGAUCGCGCUAUGCCGUCACCGCCAGACCACGCUUAGCAGGUUGUUUGAGUUGCGCAGUUCACCUCCUUGUUUUCUAUUAUCACUUGGUAUUUGAGGCACUGUCUUCACUCUUGUUUCCUCGGAUCCUUGUUGCCAGAAGACAGACUCGCGUGUUCCGUCUUGGGCUCCAUCAGUAUUAUCUUGUUUUUUUUUCAUCAAUUUCCUCUUUUCCCGCUUUCCUUUCUUUAUUUUUGACGUUUUGCGCAUCGAACGUAUCGGAAAGGACGCGCUAACUGCUCUAUAGAUAGUUUAUUAUAUUUUGUUUGCAUUAACUACAUUCCUUUAUUGUUUACUUUUGAUCGCUUCAGGUUACGCGUCAGAUUUACUACUGUUUCUUUGGUUUUUCGUAAGAGUUUACAUUUUUCUUAUAUUAAUACUUUCACUUUUGUUAAUCCGCACAGAAACAAUUACUUCGAAUCAUCUGUCGAUAUUUUCUGGAGAAGGUUAGUGCGUGCCAUAUGAGGACGGUUUUCAUCCUAUUGGUAUGGAAUGCGAGAUUUGCGUCAUUUGACCUUUAGUAAAAAAAAAAAAAAAAGAAAAGAAAAAAGAAAAAACUGUUACUGUACUACAAGGAAAACUACAUCAUUUUCAAUCCAGUCGGAGUGAAAUUUGAAAUCUCUCUCUCUCUCAUCUUACCUUUUACUUUCAUCUCUUGUAUAGCGGGAGCAUUGGUUACCUGGGCUUUAAUUUGUCUGCUUCCAAGGGGACUGCAAGCUGUUAAUGGUUUCUGGGUCCCCCUUGUGUAGCCUCCUGAGGGUGCCCCGCGGUGGCCUCGGGUCCUGUGUAGGGUGUGGCCGCGGCCCGCCCAGCCAAGGCGCCCUCAUCUCCCUCGAACGUGGGUUUCGAGCUUCUCAUGAUGUAAGCUUCAUGAUGUCCACAGUAUGGGGCUGAAGCCUCUCAUAAUAAAACCAAAGAUAACGACUAAAAUGCUCCCCGCCCACACCCCGCCCGCCUGCCUGUGGUGGGUGGGCGGGGCCCGGGCGGAAAGGCUGCAUUUUGGACCAGUUCUACCCUGUAAAUAGUGUACAUAAGAUAGUUUAUAUUUGUAUAUGUAACUAUAGAUUAUUACUGAUAUGAACUUUAUCUCAAAAUUUGUACAAUUGGUGGUUAUGUCAACACUUCUACAAAGACCCAUCUCUGCACCAAAUAACUCACUGAUUUUUUUUUUUUUUUGAUUUCAAAGUGUUUUCUUGUCUUACUAUAUUUUUGAAUCAGCAGUCUUGAAGAUCUGUUGGAAAUAGAUCUAAACUGCACAUAGGAUUAAUUGAUAUGGUGUCCAAUGAUUGGUGGCGUCGGGCCCUCCUGCGGCAGCCUGCAGGGCACCGCCUUGGUGGGUGGAGGACGGCACGCCAGCAUCUGCCCUCCGCGGGUGGCGGUCUGCACUGCAUGACCAGGCACACCAUGUCACUGGCCAGACGAGUAUUGCGACAGGGUAAGGGCUGGACCGCGUGUGCUGCCUGCAGGACCCUGGCCGCCUUCUAGGCCUCCACGGGCAGCCUGGCUCGAGGAUGAUACUGAUGUGGACAUCGAGUGGCACUCCAUGGUAUCAGAUCGACAGAGUAGACAGCCAGGCAGCCUAGGUGCCUCCACGCCUGUUGGGGGACGCUUGACUGCCUGCUGGACACUGGGCCGGGCGGGCUGCUGUGGACCAGUAGGCGCUGGCCGGCGGCUCGCUGCCUCACUCGCUCAGAGCUACCGUGUAAAACAUCUGUGUUCUGUAUUCUUGAAUUGGGGUCAACCCGUUGUUAAUUGUAUGCACAGUUUUUAUUGUAAUUAAGGUAGUGAAAUGAAAUUAUCUUACUUGUAAAAAGAUGACUGUACCGAACACUGAUUUUUAUUAAUGUUGUUUACAAUCACUGUGAAGCAGAAACUUUAGUGUCACUAAUAAAGACUGAGAGAAUUCCGUGGCGUUGCUUACCCGAGUGACCAAAGCGCUUGUACCUGCUGUCAAUGUCAGCUUCCGGGGGCCGCCGGGUGCUGUUGUCCCUUCCAAGGUCGUGCUUGAGGGGGGACGCUCGCCCCGCGGCAAACGGGGGCGUGCUGUACGGCACGAAGGAAAUAACUGACCAUUUAGUUUCUGCAGUUUGAAACAAACCCGCGUGUAACAUGCUUUUUAUCGAUGGUGCAACAAAAAUAAAUAUAAAUCUCCUAUGUAGGAUUCAGUCAGUCGCUCGAUCCUCUGCUGGCGAUAGUCACUUGUUUCCUAUGUACGAUCCAGCAACUCUACUAAACCGGAGGAAAAUGGUGGAGGACCUGUGCUAUUUCUACUACACAUUGUUCUCAUCUAUUUAUUAGAUUACAAUUGGCGUGAGGAAACAAAACCUUUGUACAUGUAGAGUUGAAUAAAUGUAUUUAUCUUCGUCCAA